AUGGACAUUAUGAGAGAAACGCAUGUUACUCAUUUAACCGCUAUUGGGUCGGACCACUGCCCCAUUUUGAUUGAGUUUGAUAGAAAGGUUGAGAAAGGCCAGAACAAUUUUGUUUUUCAGGGAGCCUGGACAAAGCACCAUGAUUUCAUCAAUUUCACCGGUCAGAACUGGGAUAAGGAGGAUACUGUUUGGCAUAACAAGAACCUCUUCGCCUCUAAACUUAAGGAGUGGAACCGAGCAGUUUUUGGUAAUAUCCACCUCAGGAAGGACAACCUGUUAAGAAGGUUGGAUGGCAUACAAAGAAAAAUGGAUCAUGGGGGUCACCGGGGGCUUGUUCAGCUUGAAAGAAAAAUUAGAAAGGAGCUAGAGGAAGUCUUGCAGCAGGAAGAAAUUUUAUGGUUCCAGCAAUCGAGGGAGGAUUGGAUUGCCUCGGGCGACCGGAACACCAAGCUUUACCACGCCGCUACUAAAAAUAAGAAGGCUAAGACAUGGAGACACAAUUUCUUAGAUAGUGAUGGUAAUCCCAUGAAUGAUGAACAUAUGAUUGAAAGAGCUAUCCAAGAAUACUUUUCAGGAAUUUUCACUAAGGAUGUUGAGGCAGAUACUUCAUGCAUUCCAAAGGGAAAAUUCCCUGUGUUAAGUGAGGAUAGCUGGUCGACAUUCAAUGCGGCCUUCUCAAUAGAAGAGGUCAAAUCGGCUUUGUUCGAUAUGAGACCGCUAAAGGCACCUGGUCCGGAUGGCUUCCAUGCAGUCUUUUACCAGAAAGCAUGGCAAGUCGUUGGGAGAUCGGUUUUUUUGCAAGUCAACCAGUUUAUGAAUUCUGGAAAGCUUGACGAGGGUAUGAAUGAUACUCUGAUUGCCCUCAUACCCAAGACGGGCUGCCCCACCAAUGCGAGUCAGUAUCGUCCGAUCAGCCUCUGUAAUGUCAUCUACAAAAUCAUCACUAAAGCUAUGACCAACCGCAUUAAGCCGAUCUUAAGGGCAUUGGUUGGGCAGGAGCAAAGUAGUUUUGUUCCAGGCAGACAAAUCACCGAUAAUAUCCUGAUCUAUCAGGAAGUUGUCCAUUCCAUGCGCAACAAGCAGGGCAAGAAAGGCCUCAUGAUUCUCAAAAUUGAUCUUGAGAAAGCCUAUGACAGGCUUAACUGGGAGUUCAUUCGUGAUACGCUAAAAGAUGUGGGCAUGAAUAAGGAGUGGGUUAGGAACAUCAUGGCGUGUGUGGAGACACCCAGACUGAAAGUUUUAUGGAGCGGAAAGCAGCUUGAACAAAUCACUCCUUCCAGAGGAAUCCGCCAGGGAGAUGCUAUAUCUCCUUACCUUUUCGUCUUGUGCAUGGAAAGACUUAGUCACGUCAUCAAAGAGGAGGCUGGUAAGGGCGCAUGGAAAGGUAUACAGCUCUCCAGGUAUGGCCCUGUACUCACCCAUUUAUUUUUUGCUGAUGAUCUUGUCUUGUUUGCUGAGGCUUCGCAGGAGCAAAUCUCUAACGUGGUGCGGGAAGAGGCCCAAUUGAUCACAUCCAUUGCUGGCAUUCCCGAGUCACCCAACCUUGGCAAGUAUCUUGGGGUUCCAACGUUACACGGCAGAGUAACGAAUAAUCUGUUUACUCCAUUGUUGGAGAAAAUGGAUGACAAGUUAAGUGGCUGGAAGACAAAGUUCUUGACUCUUGCUGGGAGACAAGUAAAAGUCCUUAAAGAGAAAUACGCUCAUGGAAAAGAUGGCAUUGAAGCUCUCUACCCGAAACAGCUCUGCUCGAAUGCAUGGAGAGGUAUUGUUGCCGCUGGUCCCUUCAUUCGAAAGGGAACUAGGAAAUUCGUAAAAGAUGGGAAAGCUACUCGGUUCUGGGAGGACCCGUGGGUGCAUGAGGAACCGCUGCUGGCUUUCGUCCAAAAUUAUGAGAACCCUGGAAAACCGCUGCUGGCUUUCGUCCAAAAUUAUGAGAACCCUGGAAGCAUGGUGCUGGCUUUCGUCCAAAAUUAUGAGAACCCUGGAAGCAUGGUGGUGGAGUACUGGGAGGACAAUAGAGGGUGGAAAUGGGAAAAAUUACCACCACUGCCAGAGGACAUAAAGCCAAAGAUGGAAACCAUUAUGGUACAUAAUGGAGAUGAUGCUGAUGAAACAUUCUGGAACCCGGAGGCGUCAGGUAAGUUUUCAAUUAGCUCUGCGUAUUUCUUAAUCAAGGGUUACCAGACUAACUUGCAGGACCACAUUUGGAAAAAAAUCUGGAAUUUGGAAGUUCCCAACAAGCUCAAGACAUUCCUAUGGAUUGCCAUGCACGACCGGGUGAUGGGUAAUGCAGAGAGAAAAAGAAGAGGCCUCACCUUGGAAGGCUGCUGUGACCUCUGCCCAGGGCAUUUGGAGUCUGCUGAUCAUAUUCUUAGGAGCUGCUCUCGUGCCAAGGAAAUUUGGCUUGCGUAUGCAUCCAGAGAGCAGCGAAGCAAGUGGAGGCAUCUUGAUUUCAGAAGAUGGAUUAUAAACAACGUCACUGAGCAUGUCGCCGGCGAAGGAACUGGUGAGUGGAGUCGCCGCUUCGCUAUCAUCGUAUGGUGGCUAUGGAGAUGGCGCUGUGACAGAGUCUUCAACGAGAGGGACGCAGAUGUUCAACACAAGAUCAUUUGGAUUCGAACCGCGAAGGAGGAAACCGAACGUGCCUUUAUCCGCCAUAAAGAUGUCAUUGUCAAAGUGGGAUGUAACAGAGCUGGCUUCGCCGGGGUGGUUAGAAACAACAAAGGCGAAUGGCAUGGGGGAAUCAUGAGCAAGUCAGACUAUAGUGAUCCCUCCAUGGUGGAAGUGGAGGCCAUUGUGGAGUGUCUCAGCUGGGCUUGGCAGAGGGGUCUUCGCGACUUAGAGGUCCAAUCAGAUGCAAAGAACGUGGUUCAAUGGUUCCAAAAUGACUCCGUCGGCAGGGGCCCUAUUCGUCAGUACAUUGAUAAAGUAAAAUGGUGGAUCAACAGAGACUGGAGGAUCUCCUUCCGGCUGGUUUAUCGUGAACAAAAUAGGGUGGCUGAUUGCCUAGCGUCGCUUGGAGCCCUUCAGGGGAGUGAACGGAAUGAACUGGAUGUCUGCCCUAUUGGGAGUGAGGAAGCCUACCAGGAUGAUUAG